AUGGACUCACAAGAGAAAACAUCGGCUAGUGUGCGUGAAGGCAACCUGCCGGAUCAUCCCAAAAAUGAGGAUUCAAAGGUGCCCACAGAGAUGUCCAAACCUGUUGAAGGGCAGCACAAGCCCAUCAAAGGGACCGAAGCCACCAAGAAGGUCAAGAAGGUCAAGAGCGCAAAGAAGUACACCAAGUCUAAACUGAAGAAGUCGAAGAAGCAGGUUGUUGUUGAUGGCUCUUCAUCCGACUCCAGCAGCGACGAUGCCGAAGAUAGCUCCUCCGACUCGGACCUCGAAUAUUCCCUUAGCGAAUCCGACUCCGCAGGACAGAGUUCGCGGAAGAGAAGCUCCAAGAAGCGCCGUGCUGCGCAGAAGUCUAAGAAGCAUGUUCGCACAGCAGACCGGAAGAAGCCCGUCAAGGGGAAGGCUCGGCAGAGGGCUGCAUCUGAUUCGGGCUCGGACUCAUCGGACAGCGACAGCGACAACCUGGGAGAUCUGGGUAGUAAUAACUCCCAGAUAGCCCAGCGAGGACAGCAAGAUCUCGUCAACAAGCAGCUCCAGCUCAUGCAACAAUACCAGUACCAAUACCAGCAACAACUGCAGAAUAGCGGGAAUGUCUAUCAGUACCCGAAUAACACCGUCCCUCCUCAGGGACUUGCUCAGAACGUUGCCCCAAUUUAUAAUCAGGGAAAUCAGCUCCGCAUGGCUCCCCUCGGCGGAGGGGGACUCCAGGCUACUGGACAGAAUCUCGCGCUCGGCGGUCUCAAUCGAAACCUCGCCAUCGAUAACGAGCAACAGCGGCAGGGGGACAUCAAGAAAGGGCAGAAGCCCACCAAGCUUGACUACAAGCGAGUAGACCAGGUCUGGGAUAACAGCCUCCACAGCUACAAGCUCCAACCCACUGCCCAAGAUGUUGCCGAGGUCCGAUACGACGGGUUCUUGUUUCAGGUGCGCCGUACCUUCGACUGGGAAGGGAAAUACAAGGCUACCAUCGUCGAUAUCAAGAGCAAACUUCUUCGUGAAUGUCUGCAGGAGGUCAUGGGUGACAUUAAGGGUGUGAGCUUGGUUGAUGAAGUUCCUAAACUGGACCCGAACAUGCUAUUUCUGUAUCUUGAAGAGCUCCGCAAACACGUGAAAACCCUCAAGAGGGCAAGACCCUCGAAAGGCAACAAGCAUGAGCGCAAGAAGGAGGAAAAGCGCCUCAAAUCCAAGCGACAACACCUGAAGAUCCUCCUCAAGUACAUAGAUAAGGACUACGCCGUCGUGAAAGCCAGCCUCUAUCCCAUGCUCGAGAACGGCCUCAUCACAUUCGACCUCUUGUGGGCUUUAUGGAAGCCGAAGACGCUAGCCCUCACGACAACAUAUGGCUCACCCGACGAACGGCGCGCAUUUAGGGUGGAGAUGGCCGAGAAACGAUGCUCCAUGUCUAGAGGGCAGUUCUACAACGUCGAGGGGAAGUACCUCGAAUUUGAUGGCAAACAAUUCGGCUACGGGAGCAUAUAUGAAGAGGUGCCUCAGUUUCGAGGAGCCUGCAAGAUUACGAGCCUCCCCUGCUAUCCUCUCCAAUAUGACAAGGACGAGGCCAAGACCAGAAAGGAGCUGAUCGAACGCGGCAAGAAGUUCGUGUCUCUCGGCGGAGUACAUUACAAGAGCCACGAGGGUAUGGCAUACUACAAGAAGAAGAAGGGAGUGGUCAAAAUCCACAUCAACGGCCGGAUUAUGGUGGACGCCCGGAUCCACCGCCGAAUCAACCCGAACUAUCCCGUCUCUCUUGUCCGCCCGACGGGUCACGACGAUUCCUCGGAUUCCUCGGAUUCUGACGCCGACGAAUCCUCCGACUGCGCGGACCCCCCCAUCUACAACCCCUCCUACGAGGAUAACGGCGACGAUGGAUCUCGCCUCGAACAGUUAGAUCAGGUCAACCAUGUGACAAAGGCCACCCGACGCACGAGCAGUAACUCGCAGGGGAUACAGGUGCCGAAGGCCAAUGGCGAGGAAGCACCCGCUGGAAACCCCGAGCAAGUACCUAAUGGGGACGAAGUUGCAGAACAGAAUGGCAUCGACGAAUUGGGGACAACCGACGACAAUCAGCCUCCGCAGUUCACUGACGAGGAAUACCUCAUUGCAUCCCCAGUGGUACUUGGCUUCGCCUUUGACGAGAAGCUGUGGGUGGAGUUUACUGUCUCAGGGGUCAAGGAAGUGCAGUGGAAUGAUAAUGCCUACCAGUCCUUGGUGCUCGAACCCAAGACGAAGGACAUCGUCAGGGCCCUCGUCGAGUCUCACAAAUACCACGCUGCCGAAAGUAUCGACGACGUAAUUGUAGGCAAAGGCAAGGGGCUCGUAGCGGUUCUUCAUGGCCCUCCGGGAACAGGCAAGACGCUCACGGCCGAGGGAAUCAGCGACUUGCUCAAGUGCCCACUCUACACGGUGUCGGCCGGCGAGCUUGGCACCGAUUCCAGGUAUCUCGAAGCUGAGCUUCAGAAGAUCCUCGACAUCUGCCACACAUGGGGCGCUAUCCUCCUCCUGGACGAGGCCGACGUCUUUCUAGAGAAGCGGAAUAUGCAAGACAUACACCGCAAUGCUCUGGUCAGCAUCUUUCUCAGGCAGCUGGAGUAUUUCCAGGGCAUUCUUUUCCUGACGACGAAUCGUGUUGAGACGUUUGAUGAUGCCUUCCAGUCACGGAUCCAUAUUGCCCUCCGCUACGAUAACCUCGACACGCGAGCCAAGAAGGCGAUCUUCAAGAUUUUCAUCGAGCGGGUUCGUGCUCUCACAAAGAUGGACAUGAAACCCUUUACCGAGAAUGACCUGGACGCCCUGGCGCGGCACGAACUCAAUGGUCGGCAAAUCAAGAACACAGUCCGAACGGCACAGGCCCUUGCCGUUAACAAGCGCGAACCCCUGUCCAUGAAGCACAUCCGUCAGGUGCUCGAUGUGCAGAAGAAGUUCGAAACUGACUUGAAAGGCGGCACUGUCCUCCCGUCCUACGUCAAUGAAUCAAUCGAGUCCGCGAUCCCCGCGCCGAUCGUGACCAAGGUUGCCCUGCGACUCCGGCGCUUGAUCGAGGAGGCCGUGCCGUGUGAGCUCGAGGAAGCCCAGAUUACCCGGUCACAUAGCAAGAUCAUUACCAAGGGCGUUAUCAAGACCGCCAAGGAGGCUGGUGGUUCCGAGCACCGGGCCUGCGUGGUUUUCUGCCUUCUCAUCAACAAACGGUGGUACAGCCACCAGGCCUCGAUCGAGCUAUGGGAUGCCGACCUGCUCAAGGUCCGCGCUACUGCAUGCGAGGUUAUCGCCAAGCACAUUAUCGAAGGCGAGAAGGAUCUGACCUACCUCUUCCACUCCGUUCUGCUCAGGCGGUACUCUAUCAUGCUCGAUGGAAGACCGACACUGACCGCAAAUGUCAUUGAAAAGGCUGUCGAUCUCCACAGCCUGAGAGUCAUUGGCUCGGCCGGUUACCAGAAGUGCAUAAGUUACCUCUGGAAGGGCUGGCUGGUGCAAGAUGAGAACGACCCCUCCAGCUUCGUGGACUACAGAGACAAGGACAACACCUCCUGGGUUGCCCAUCUGGAUCCAGACCGCAUGCGGGCCCCAAAGUAUCAGAACAUCGUUCAGAUGCUCAUCUCGGUCAUCUACCUUGCUCUGUAUACAGGUGCCAUCAACACUGUUAAUCCCGGAGGAGACCUUGACGUCGUCGAGGGCUUGCUUUAUGUCUUCACUUUUGGCUUCCUCUGCGAUGAGGUGACCAAAUUCUGGAAGGCUGGAUACCAUAUCCUCGGCUUCUGGAAUGCGUUUAAUGCACUCUUGUAUAUCUUGCUAGCCGUCAGUCUCGUCUUGCGAAUGAUUGCACUCAGCCACGGCCCCGAUGAUGGCGAUGGCCUGCGUCAUCAUUUCAACACACUGAGCUACAACUUCCUGGCCGUCAGUGCCCCCAUGUUCUGGAUUCGACUACUCUUGUAUCUGGACAGCUUCCAAUUCUUCGGCACCAUGCUCGUGGUGCUCAAGGUGAUGAUGAAGGAGAGCAUUAUAUUCUUUGCCCUCCUGGCCGUCAUCAUCGUCGGCUUCCUCCAGUCCUUUAUGGGGCUCGACUACGCCGAGGACCAGGUUGCGAACAACACACUCUUCUUCGUCCAGGCGAUGGCCAACGCUCUCAUGCAGAGCCCCGACUUCAGCGGCUUCGAGAAAUUUGAGCAGCCUUUCGGCCUGAUCCUCUACUAUUGCUUUACCUUUAUUGUCAUGGUCAUCCUGCUCAACAUCCUCAUCGCGCUCUACAACUCGGCCUACCAGGACAUAUACGACAACGCCAACGACGAGUACCUCGCCCUCUUCUCGCAGCGGACGAUGCAGUUCGUGCGCGCGCCCGACGAGAACGUCUUCAUCCCGCCGUUCAACCUGAUCGAGAUCUUCCUGCUGGCGAUCCCGCUCGAGUGGUGGAUGGACAAGCGGCGGUACGAGUACGUCAACGACGCCGUCAUGGCCGUCAUCUACUCGCCCGUGCUGCUCGUCGCCGCGUACCUCGAGACGCGCACCGCGGCCGACAUACGCCGCAACAGGUCCCGCGGCGACGAGGACGACGACACCGUCGAGGAGUGGGAGCAGAUGGCCGGCGAGUGCGACUUUGACGCCGACGGGUGGAAUGCGAAGGUCGCGUCGGUGAGGGGGAAUGUAGAGGAUGAUGAGACGGUUGUUGAGGUCAGGAAGCUGCAGAAGGAGGUGGAGGUGUUGAAGGGGUUGAUUGAGGAGUUGCAUAGGGCUGUUGGUUCUGGCCAGGGCAAGAGCUCCGAGGCCUAG